AAAGGGAUUUAUCAUGUAGUAUUAGACUAUAUAAACUAUUCUAAUUUAACGAAGAGACGGCUUUGAGUUUGACUAUAACUUCCAAUCAUGAGCAAAGAAGGGGCAGAAGGGGCAACUGGAGGAGAAGAGCAAGUCAAAGACUUGGGAACUGAACACCAGCAGUAUAAGAAGAAGCUUGAGGAUGCUGUUAAAGAGGUCAAAGAAUUAGAAGCUCAACUCAAGCAGUAUGAGGAGGAUGCUGCCAAACACAUCAAAGACAUGGAAACUGAGGAUAAAAGCAUAAAAGAAGAGAUACGUCUCAAGUUACAAGAAAGUGCUAAAGAAAAGGACAGGCUCAUCAAAACGCUAAUUCAAAAGCUUCAAGCCACAGAAGAAGAGUUGAAAGAAGCUAAAAUAACACAUGAAGACCGUAUGAGUAAAGCAAUAAAUGACAAUGUAAGCAAAGACAGUCAGAUUGCCCAAUUAGUGAAAAAAGUCAAAAUCUACAAGAAAAGCUUACUAAGAAAGAAGCAGAGGUGGAAGUAGUCAAAUCACAUGCAGUUCACAUGAGUACAGAGCUGACCGAAAAAGACAGAGAGAUUGCCAUGCUAAUAAGCAAAAUCACUUCAUUAGAAGAAACGCUACAACGACAGAUACAAGAGGCAAAGGAGAAGUUGGAAGAGGAACAACAAAUAUGCAGAG